AUGGCAGCCUGCGCGUCGUCCCUCGCGUCCUCCACGGCAUUCCAAGGCGUCUCCGUGCCGCGCGCCGUCCCGCUCGCCGCAGAAGGCGGCUUCCCCCACUCCGUCCUUCGACGCGCAGAGUCGCUCCCCGCGCGGGGCUACCGAGCGGUGCGUGUGCGCGCGUCGUCGCGCGCGGAUGACAGCGAGGGCAGCGGAGCGCAAAAUGGCGCGCGCGCGGCUGCGGAGCACCCUCUCCGCGCGAAGCUCCUCUCCCGCCGCAGGCUUUUCGCCCUCGCGGGGCCUUUCGCGCUCGCGCUCGCCGGUUUUCCGCGAAUCGCCCGCGCGGAGGGAGAAGGUGCUGACGUGGCCGUGCUGGAUGCUCCUGCUGACGUGGCAGUGCUGGAUGCUCCUGCUGACGUAGCAGUGCUAGAUGCGCCUGCUGACGUCAUUGCGGAAGUUGCUCCUGCUGAGACCGCCAUUGUGGAGCCAACGCUGACGUCAGACGCAGUCAUUUCAGCAGAAGCGACAAACGCGAAUGCUGCGCCUCAGCAGCAGGAGCAGGAGCAGGAGCAGGCGGAGGGGCAGCAGCAGGCGUUUGGCGGCGCGUGGUUGGGCGCGGCGCUGCUGGGUGCGGCGCCAGCUGGCGCUCUGGGAUUCGUGCUGCGAGGGGAGCGCGCGCAGCGGGAGGCGGUGGAGGGUGACCUGGCGAAGGCGCGGGCAGCGCUGGCAGCAGCGGAGCGAGCAGCGAAGGAGGCGGAAGGGGUGAAGGCGGAAGCAGCAGCGGCGGCGGCGGCGGCAGCAGCAGCAGAGGCGCGCGUGGGGGAGGCGGAGAGGGCGCGGAAGGAGGUGGAGGGAAGGCUGGGGGAAGAGGCGGAGAGAGCCAAGCGGGCGGAGGAGAAGGCGGGUCAGCUAUCCACGCAGCUCUCCCAGCGGCAGCAGCAGCUGGCAGCAGCACAGGCGGAGGCAGAGGCAGCAGCAGGAGCCGUCUCAGCCGCCCAAAAGGCGGCUGCCGGCCUUGCUGCCGACCUGGAAGCUUCCAUGAAGGAGCGGGAGGCGCUUCAGCAGGAACUGGUAACUGGGCGGGUGAAGCUGCAGCAGAAAAUCGGCGAGGCGGUUACCGCAAAGGGUGACGUGGCACGGUUACAAGGGAAGGUGAAGGAGCUGGAGCAGCGUGAGAAGGAUGCGGCUGCUGAGCUGGAUGCCAAGUCAGCGCAGCUGAAGGAGAGUGCUGACGUGGAGGCCCGGCUGCGUGCUGAGCUGGCAGAUGCUCAGGGUGCGCUGGCGAAGGUUGAGAGUGAUGUGGCAUCCCUGCAGGCUGAGCUGGCAGGAGAGAAGAGCACGGUGCAGAAAAAGGAGGAGGGAAUCCAAUCUCUGCAUGCUGACGUGGAAUCAACCAAUGCCAGCCUGGCAGCCGCCCACGAGUCCCUCGAGUCGCUCCGAAACGACCUGGCCUCUGCUCGGGAGGAAGUUUCCCAGAAGCAGCAGGCUGUAACCCAGCUCGAACUCGACGCCGAGACUCUCAAAGGCGCCGUCCGGGCAGCUGAACGGGCAGCCGAAGAAGCCCGCAGCGAACUCUCCGCCGUCCAGAAAUCCCUCGCGGAUCUCCAGCAGGUAGCAGACGACGCCGAUGCCGGAAAGCGGGCGGCGGAAGACGCCUUGGAGCGGGAGCAGCGGGCGGCAAGCGCCGCCGUCCAGGAGCUGCAGAUGCAUUUGGCAGCAUUAGGGCGGGAGAGGGAGGUGGUGGGGCGGCUGAAGAAGGGCGUGGAGGAGGCGGGCAGGGUGGUGGACGCGCUUCAGGGGGAGACUGAGGCGCUCAGGGCGGAACUGGGGGAGGUGCAGAGGCGGGAGAGGGAGGGGGAGGAGGCACGUCGAGGAAUGGAGGUGCGUGCGGGACCGUUUGUUUUGUUUUUCUUCCGCAUCCCCCCCACCCAACCCAAAACCUUUGUUGGACCUCAUUCCUUAUCCUUUCCCAGCUGGCAUCUCUCCUUCCUCUUCGCUGAGCUGGCUCUAUCGCAGCUGUCGGUCACUCCCCUUCCCUUCACUGUUUCUCUACCCCUUUCCCUUCGCAUCCCUCCAUCCCUCCACUCCCAGCUGUCACCGCUCUCUGCUGGGUUGCUCUCACCCUCUUUCUCUUCACUCUUUCUAUUUCUCUCAUCCCUAAGCACUGUUCCUCCCUCCCUCCAUCUCUCCCUCCCUCCAUCCCUCCCUCCAUCUCUCCCUCCCUCCAUCCCUCCCUCCAUCCCUCCAUCCCUCCCUCCAUCCCUCCAGUCCCAGCUCUCAUCGCUCUCCGCUGAGCUGGCGGCCGCGCGGGACGAGGCUGCCAGGCUGGCGGCGGACAAGGAGGCUGCUGAUGUCAGCAGGGCGUCAGCAGAGCAGAAGGCGCAGGAGGUGCAGCAGCAGCUGGACAGCACGUUUGAUGAGGUCUCAAGGCUCAAGGGGCAGGUGGGUGGAUAUGGGGAAGUGGGUCUACUGGAAUGGGAGUGGCCAAUGGCUAAAGAGGGCAUGCAGUGGCGGCACCAGCAGCAGCAGCUGGACAGCACGUUUGAUGAAGUCUCAAGGCUCAAGGGACAGGGCAUGGCAGUGGCUUGGGCGCAGGAGGUGCAGCAGCAGCUGGACGGCACAUGGGAUGAGGUUUCGAGGCUCAAGGGACAGGUGACACAAAUGACCCGCGAGUUGGAGGCAGGAGAGAAGAAGUUUGAGGCGAUGCUGGAGGUGAGGGCAGAGGCAGCCAUGCUGGUGGAGGCUUAUACCCCUACUCUCUGCCGCUCUCUCUUCCCCUGUUCCCCUUAUUCCCCUCUGCCUCCAUUCCAGGUGACACAAAUGACCCGUGAGUUGGAAGCGGGUGAGAAGAAGUUUGAGGCGAUGCUGGAGGUGAGGGCAGAGGCAGCCAUGCUGGUGGAGGCCUUGGAGGACCAGGCGUACGCCGAGGCCAAGGAGAACAAGAAGCUCAAGAAGCGGAAUGCUGAGCUGGAGGAGUCCAGCAAGGCGGCAGCAGCGGUGGCGGAGGAGCUGGAGACGGUGCGGGCUCAGCUGAGCGCCGUGCAGCAGGGCCGCAUGGUGGGGUCUAAGAGCGAACAGGGAGAUGCGCAGGCCUGA